UGCGCAGCUGUUUCUGGAUUUAUGCGUAUCGCCCCGGAUUUAUGCAAAUUCUGUGAGAAAACCUGAUUCGCCAAUUGUUUUGUUAUUUAUUAUGCACUAAAGGGGAAGACGUAUAUUCGAUUUGGUUAAUGUAGUGUAGAAGGAGGUUUUGUAAUAGUCUUUUAAAAAAAUCUUCUGUGAUAUUUUAUGGCGGACGAGAAGGUAGCUGAAGAAUCAAAAGGUGAUUCGAAUGCCGUCAACGUGUUCACGCAUUCCUCAACAGGUUUUCCAGGUGCUUGGUCGGAGGAGGAGAUAUCUAUGCUACUGGAUUGUUGGCAAGAGGCGGUAGAAGCAACUCGCUCGCCUUCGCGACGUUUCGACGUCGCACAAAAGGUGAUGGUGCGACUGCGACGUAAAGGACUCAGAGUGGAAAGGGAUGUCAUUCGCAAGCAAAUGAAUACGUUACGUACAGAGUACAAAACGUAUCAAGGCCUUUUAAAAAUUGGAAUUCCAACUGUUCGAGCAAGCUGCGUGAAUCAGUUGGAAAAGAUUCUAGACAGGACAACUGCACAAGCAUCCAACAGACGUCGAGAUUCUGCAGAAACCAAUAACCAUAUAGAUGCUGUAUCUGAAGAUUCUGACCACUCCCAUCGACUGUCUACCUCUUUCGGCGACGAAGGUGGUUUGAGUCAAAAUGAAACCCAAUCUCAACCUGAAAUGAGCUUAUCUCAGACGGCUGACGAGGUUGUGAAUCAAUCGAGACGAGUGCGCUUCCAGAGGCGUGUCAAUAUCGCCAGGUCAGUCAGAACGGUUCUGUAUCAACAGCAGACGUUGAUCGACCAAGUGCAAAAACUUUCCAAACGCGUGGAAGAGAUUAAUGACACGCUGCAUAAAAUAGUAGAGAAGCAAGAUGAGAAGAACGAAGGAAGCAAUUGAAGAUUCAGCGACUACUUGAUUCCAUAAGGGAAAACCUCGUUUGUUUUGUCAGUAAUGUUUAUGAAUAUCAAUGUGGUCCAAAGGUUUUGCUGUAAUAGUUUGAGAACAGCUGUAAGAACAGUGAAACGUUGAAUAAAAGUUGGAAGUUUUUCAA